AUGUCGUCAGACUACACCUAUGAUGAGCAGGGCCAAUUCUUCCCCUUCUUCAUCCUCACCUUGACCGGCCUGGUCACUCUCCCUCUCACCUAUAACCUCCUACGACCCAGCAAAGAGCUUGAGAAUACCGCUCCCCGCAUCAAAUCCGAUUUCAAACCUAAAGAUGCGGACCUCAUCGACGCGCAGAAGCGCAAGCGUCUGCGCAAAGAGCGCCGAAUUAAGCGCAUUAUCACGGUCAUCGUUGGAUAUGCCGUGAUGGCAUGGAUGGUCUACUUAAUUGCCGUCACCUCCAGGUCAGUGGUGAAGGCAUACGACCCUUAUGAUAUUUUGGGUGUCUCGAGGAGCGCAGAUGAGAAAGCCAUCUCCAGACAUUACAAGCGAAUGUCUUUGAUCUACCACCCCGAUAAAAUCCGCCCCGACCCCUCCAAGAAUGAGACUAUGGAAACCCUCAACGAGCGCUUUGUAGAACUCACUAAGGCUUAUAAAGCCCUCACUGACGAGGAGGUACGCAACAACUACCUCCAAUUUGGCCACCCCGAUGGCAAACAGAGUUUCAGCAUCGGUAUUGCACUUCCCCAGUUCAUUGUUAUGGACGGUAAUGGCAAAUAUGUUUUAAUGGUCUACGGUGCCCUUUUGGGCGUUCUUCUGCCUUAUAUCGUCGGCAAGUGGUGGUAUGGAUCUCAGCGCUACACAAAGGAGCGUGUUCUUGUUGCCAGCGCUGGAAACAUUUUCCGCGAAUACAAGGAUGAUAUUACCGAAGGUGGAAUUAUCAGCGCUUUGUCGUCCGGCGAGGAAUUCAAUGAUAUGCUCAAGGGUGCUCGGGCCGAGUCUGGCCUGGCCAAGCUCGAGAAGCGGGUGCUGGCAGAUGAUAACUCGUUCCUUACAGCCAAGGACCGUGCGGCUCUGAAGCAGUUGGAUAGCUCCUCCCGUCGGAAGGCUUUGGCUUUGCUGUGGGCUUAUCUUGGCCGAAUUGAUAUUGGCGACGCCUCCCUGGAUGCUGAAAAAUAUGAAGCGGCCCCUGUUGCCCUUGCUCUCACUGAAGCUUUCACUGCUAUCUCACUCGCAUUUGGCAACCUUGGACCGAUCGUUGGUGCUUUCAAAACUUCUCAGAACCUCAUCCAGGCUGUGCCCCCGGGCUCAUCACCACUGCUGCAACUUCCCAACUUCACCGAUGCUAUUGUCAAGUCCGUAGAGGGCGAAGACUCCAAGGAGCACCUCACCGUUCAAAGGUACAUGGAACUGCCAGAGGCUCAACGACGCAGUCUUACUGUCGGUGCUGGUCUUCUCUCUGAUAAGCAAUACACCGACGCCGUGUCCGUUGCCAAGCAACUCCCCGUGCUCCAACCCGAGCGGAUCUUCUUCAAGGUUAUGGGAGAAAAGGUGAUCACACCCAGCAGUCUGGUACAGCUGGUAGUCAAAGCCCGCUUCAUCCCGCCAGGCAGCACAUCCGUGCCGCCAGUGAACCCGCUCGAUCUGGAGGACAUCGACCCCGACGAGGACGACUUGGAAGCCCUGAUGGGUCGCAAGCCAGCCAAGAACCGCGCCACCAAGAUGGAGGACGGCAAGAAGGUUGAGACGAAGAUCGAAACCAUCCAGCCGCCUCUUGCGCACGCACCGUACCUAGCGCGCGACCACUCCCCGCGCUGGAACAUCUUCCUCGCAGACGGCAAGCAGGGCAAGAUGGCCGUGCCGCCGUUUACAUUCACCACAUUCGACAAGCCGAUCUUCGACGAGGCCGGCAAUCCCACCUUCAACGUCCAAACCCUCAAGAUGCAGUUCCAGGCUCCCCCGCAGGUCGGCGACUUCACCUUCAUCCUCCACAUGAUCUGUGACAGCUACUUGGGUCUUGACAACACGGCUCAAAUCACCCUGCACAUUGACGAUCCUGCUAAGGCAGCCGCUGUGGAAGAGGAAGAUGACAUCAGCGAGCCAGACGAGGACUCAAUCGCCGGCCAAAUGCAAGCGAUCAAGACAGGCCAAGCACCCAAGAAGAAGUCUAAGGAUAAGGAUUCCGAUGACUCUAGCGAGAGUGACACCGACGGCGACGCUGGUGAUACCAGCGACACCGACACAGAGACCGAAGACGAGGAUUGA